AUGUGUUGGCACUUGGCGAGAACACUGGUCGUUUCCAUUUGCGCGGAAUUGGCUCAAAGACUAGUAGUACCAUCCCUGUGUGCGGUCACGCCAAGCCGAGGCGCUGCAGACAUGCCCCGACAGACCUCCUGUCUCAGACUGAUUGUUCUGGGCGCCUCUGCGCUGAUUCUGUUGCGGCCAGUAGCCUUCACCAGUGCAGGAGGUCGCGGCCGGGUGGCUCGUGCUGCUGAAGGUGGUGCCGCUGUGGUGACAGCAGAAGAUGAGUAUACCGAAAUGAUGCGAAAGAAAAAAGAAGAAACACUGGACGCUAUCCAGAAGGCUGCAGAGCAGGACGCUCCGGUUGGUGAAGACUUGGGCAAGUUUUGGGUGAACCAGCCUGGGCAGCUCUCUUUCGAGAUCCAGUUCAACCGCGGAGAUCGAGUCCGAGACCUUAGAACUGUCAUUGAGAAGGUGACUGGCAUUCCUCCGGAAGCCCAAGAGUUGAGGGCAAAUGGCGAGAUGGUCGACAAAGAAGGGCAAUUUCUCGAAGCAAUGGACCUCUCGGACAUCUGGGUCAUGGAUGACCGCGACGACUCUCCUGAACGGGGAGAAUGGAAUCCCGAUCCAGAGGAGGACAUGAGUUUGGUUGGCAGUCCGCUGAAGAUCGGUACAUACAUCUUCUCUGCAAUUCUCACCAUUUUUUGGGUCACCCAGGUGGCCGGGGUGAAUCCUUACGGCAAUUGGCCAGAAGGACCGCGCCUGGACUGGUCCCAGGUGCCUGAGGACCUUCGACCAGGCAACACACCCAUUCAGAGACCGCAAGCGUUGACAGUGGAGCCUGAGCAGGAAAAGAAGAUGAUUGAGCAACGUAACAAGCUUCCUGCUGCGUAA